CGCACUAGUAUUUUACUAGUUAUUACUAUUACAACUGACAUUUGAUGUUAGCAAAUCCCACAAUGCUGAUGUUUGGUGAAUUUGUGACAAACAGAACAAUAGAUUUCUAAAACAGCUACUGUUGGUUUGUUGUUUUUCAUGCCCAUCUGAUAAGCCAGAGAGUGAGGGUGAUUGGGUAGGAUAGUGAAACUAAAAUGUUGGAAACCACACACUAUAACAAGACAGACCUUGUACAGUAUUACACAUGUAAGGCGUCUCCCACUUUUGAAGCAUAAUUACAAAAGUGUUGCAGCAUUAGCAUAUUCUGGGGUGUUGCUGGUUUUCUAUCAGCUCAUUUCUGCGUGCGUUGCUUCAUUUGCUACUGCGUAAACUAAAAGGGAAGAGUAAUCAAAGACUUCUAGAAGAGGCAAUAAAGACAGAAUCUCUCAGCUAAAAGAAACAUGGGGACUGGUCAAUCUACACUGGAAUCAGCUUCGACAUACAUACAAAAAGCCGCCAUUAUCAUGUACUGCUUGAUAUUUAUAGUUGGAACUCUGGGCAACGCUCUGGUUAUCUACGUGACUGGAUUCAAAAUGAAGAAAACUGUCAACUCAAUUUGGUUUCUUAACUUGGCCAUAGCUGACUUUCUCUUCACAGCCUUCCUGAUAUUCUCAGUCAUUUCUCUCUCUCAGAGUCACCAGUGGCCUUUUGGACAAUUCGUGUGCAAGCUCAACAACUUUGUGAGUUUAGUCAACAUGUUUGCCAGCAUCUUUACUCUGACAGCUAUAAGUUUGGAUCGUUGUUUGUCCAUCUGGGUGGUGGUGUGGGCACAGAACAAACGCACAGUCUGCAAAGCUCGGCUCAUAUGUGUUGGUAUCUGGGUGACUGCUGCGAUCUGCAGCACUCCUUAUGCCACUUUUCGCACCGUGUUAGGAGAUAAUGGGACAUAUUACUGUGGUUAUUCUAUGACACAUGAACAAAAAUGGAGUCUCCACAUUUUUCGCUUUGUUAUGGGCUUUGUGAUCCCAUUCCUGGUAAUAGUCAUCUCUUAUGUGGCCAUAGGGAUCCGUGCAAUGCGCAUGCAGAGAACAAGGAGAAGGAGAUCUCGCAGAAUCAUUUUCUCCAUCAUUUUUGCAUUCUUCAUCUGCUGGUUACCCUUCCAUGUUUUUAACUUUAUAGAAUUAAAGGCUGUGAAUAACCCAGACCUCAGGAACAUUGUUAGAAUCAUGGGUCCUCUGACUGUGAGUCUGGCUUUUCUGAACAGCUGUCUGAACCCCAUCCUCUAUGUUUUCAUGUGUGAAGAAUUCACGAAGAAGCUUCGGCAGUCCGUAUGUUUUGUACUUGAGAGUGCUCUGGCAGAGGACCACGUGUCAUUUAUCUUCACUCACUCCAUGUCAUCAACAUUUUCAAGGAUUUCCCGAAAGUCAGAUGCUGCCACGACUUUAGAGAAGAUCAACCCAGCUGCUUUUGAAUCCUGCACAGAAAGCAAAGUAGUCAUCACUGAAAAGACACUUAGCACUUAAUAAGAUCUCACCAAUAGAUGAUGAAAUAAAUCAAUAAUGCAAGAUGUUCAUCUCAUCUCUUUGAAACAUACAGUAUAAUGUUGGUACCCUGGCUCUGAUUAUUAUGGGUGUCCUAUAAGUCUGUUGGGGUAAGGCACAAUAUAAUUAUGCAUGAAACAAUAAUCCAAUCAAAUCAGUCGGAUUAAGUUCUUGAUUAAUCAAUUAAUGUAACAUAUAACACAAGUUUUUUAAAAAGAAAAUAAGACUUCUAUACUGUGGUUUUGAAGGUCUUGGAUUUCUAUCAUUUGAAUGCCAAAUUUUUACAUCAUUUUUAUAUUUGUAUAUAUAUAUAUCUACAUUUUAUUGCUCCAGCUUCUUUAACCAUGUAAAUCACUAUCAACAUCUAUAAAACUGUGACAAGUGACUGAACAGUGAUUGAGUUUUUUGCAUUUUUCUUUUGUCUGGUAAAGAAAAACAUGAUAAAAGGGUGCAUUUGACUGACAAACCUUACUUGCACCCUGGCAACCGCUGUUUUAUCUUACAGGAUAUCAUGGUGCUGUAUACUUCUUGCAUUUGCAAAAUGGAACACAUUGCGUAAAUCAAAGUACACCACAAACCACAAAAACAUCCCUUUUAAAACAAAACAACAAUGAAAACAGGUCCCAAAAAUGACCAACAUUAAUAUUAUUUGUAAGCUAUUAAACUAUGAAGUGUGGUACAUGAACCUGAGAUUUAAACAGCAUCUAUCUUAUCUUGCUGCACAGAUGUGCUGUGCUCGCUUCUUUUUUCUUGUGGUUUUUUUUAUUAUCAGAACAACACCUGCUUCACUAUUCAUGCUAAAACUAAUAAUGGAACUCAGUAGCAAUAAAAACAUUGUUACAUUUUUUUCUUACCACAAUGUUGCUGAAAAACAUUUUGCAAUAUCGCUAAACGCAAAACUACAAUCCUACAAUGGCGACUGUAUGAUUUACAUUAUUAGAUUCAAAAACUGUAAAAUUAUAUAAUAUUUAUCUGACCCUUUAGCACAUUAAACUCAGUCAUUGUUAAAAUUCCAAUAAAUCCAAUAUUGCUCAAGAAAAACAAUUCCACAAAUGCUACAUUCACACCCAGUUUUCCAUUCUCCAGUGUGAAAAUGUUAGAAGAAGGACAAGCAGUGUAUUCAGAGUUGGCUAACAAGCUCAACCCUGACAACCCAUCCUUUUGAACACAUUGUCCCAAAACUGGUCAUCUGUGAUCACUCCCUUUGUCAAGCUAUUUAGAAAUGAAACAUGUGUAUAUAAAAACUCGAAAUGCCAAAGACUGCAAUUGUCUUUGUCUAAUGUUUCUUUAAUUCUAUAUAAGCAAGUUAACGGGUGGCAUUCAUGGAGGAUCUGAAGUGUCAGUAAAAUUAGAUUUUGGAAAGCCAACAACCUAGACUCAUCAGCCACUUUAUUGGGCACGCCUGUUAAACUGCGUGUUAAGGCAAAUUUCUAACCAGUCAAUCACAUGACAGCAAAUCACUGUAAUGUUUGGUACUGCUUAGAAUCUGGCUAAGGAUUCAAUAUGCACUGAGACACACAGAACUGCAAUACCAAACAAACACCAUCUCCAUAGACACAGUGACCAUGGAAACAAAACAACACCAUAUAGAAGGCUUCUGUGCAAAUGUGAGUAAAUGCUGACUGGGCCUUUGUCUUUAUAGGAAAUAGUGUUACAGGAAUUUGAUGACAUAUAUAUAUAUAUAUAUAUAUAUAGAGAGAGAGAGAGAGAGAGACAUGUAUUCAGUUUUGUACCACUGGCGCACUAUGACAAGCAGACAAAUUCCUCAUUUGGGUAAAACCUUGGUGAUAAAUGUAAUUUUGUUUGUGAUUGCGAUUCUGGCGAGCUACUUCAUCAGGCCAGGUCUCUGCAGGCUAUUGUGUCUAAAGUAUCUGAAGCUUCACAAGCUCUAAUGCUGCUUUUGGUACAUCUUCACUGUAUGAUUUCUGUAUAAACUUUUGUAUAACCUGCUUAAGAUGAAGCAAGUAUGUGUCAGCAUGAGCUUGUGAAAACUGCUUAGCUAGGCCUAACGAUGUUUCAUUAUGUUAUCUGUUAACUGUUUUGCUCAGAAGGAUGAAGUGCAUGGCCAGCGCCAGGUGGUGGCCUGGGAAAGGAUAGUGGGAGUCUUGUUUGUGCAGCAACAGCCCAGGCUGGACAAAAGACUGUUGUAACUGAAACGAUAUACAGUUUGUGGGAUGUUAUAAACAUGCUUGUCCCGAGGUUAGAAUGCUCAUUACUAUGAACCUGUCAUGUUUGGGAGCGUGUAUGUGUAUUCUCCUGCGCAGUAAUAAAUAGUUUGUGUCAUGGUCCCCGUGUCUGCCCGGCCGGCUCGACAAGGCCACAUGUGUUUUUGUGUACGUUCUCCUCUUGCUUCCCCGCCAGGGCGGAGCUCACUGCGGGCUCCCGCCCUCGGCGUACACACCUGUGUCUCAUCAGGCACCAAUUACAGGUUGGACACUUAAGGCCGGGACGCAGACAGUCUCAUCGCUGGAUGAUUGUGUGAGACACGUUAGUGAAUCUCAGCUUUGUCAUCUCUAGCUCUGUGAAGUUUGUCUGUAAUUUCUGCGUUAGCGUAACCCACCUUUUUCUGUGCACACUUUUCCCGGAGCCGUGACCAACCCGACAUGUGAACCUUUGUGAAGAGAGGAGCAAGAGUGAACGUGAUUCCCUUCCCGGACUUUCCUUUAUGACCCUGGACCCCCGCUAUUCCCUCACUCUAUAUAUCUGUACCUGGUGACUUUGUAAAUAAACAUUGUUUCUUGCAUUGACCUCUGCUCUGUGCCUGAGUCCUACUACAGUCCGUGACAGUUUGAUCACAGCUCUUUCAGUGUUGCAGACUUUAUUUACAAAAUUCCACGACAAAAGUCAACAAGGAAAAGCACAAAUACUAAAAAUGAAUGCAGACACAUUUGCAACUGUGGUAUUGGAGCUGUCCUGUUGGGAUCUAUCUGUAGCUGGUCAGUAAGUUCAGUAUUUGUUACCUCUUUGUCACCCACUCAUUUUCUGGAUUGGAUUUGUACUCAGACAUGCACAGAUGAUCUUGAGAAGUUUGUGUUAACUACUGAGAAAAUGAAAUUGUGGGGCCUUUUAAAGAAUCUCCAGGAAAAAUCUGUAAAUAAAAGAUUCAUCUUAUUGUGAAAAUAAAAUAUUUCAUCUGAGUCAUUUAGUACCUCCCACGUUAAUUUGACCAAUAUAAUGUGACAGCCUUAUAUUGUCACAUUAUAUUUAGCCUUGGUGGAUACGCCAAGACAGGUUUUAUGACCUUUAAUAAUGCUUGCACAUCCAAUCUGUCGGCGUAGGUUGAGAUCUAGUGACUGUGGAGGCCAUUUGAGUACAGUGAACUCAUGUUAAACUAGUUCAAGAAACUACAGCAAUCCUCCAGUAGUCUGUGGAAUGUAAACAAUGCUCGGUUGGUACUUAGUGUAUUUAAGUGUGCAAAAAAAUGGGUGGAUCCAUUCUGUCAUAAUAUUUACACCAAAUUCUGAUCCUAUAACAGAGACUGAGGCUCAUCAGACCUGGCAAAGCUUUUUGGCUUCUGAGUGGCCAGAGGAUUAUCAUGGAACUGUUUUUUAUGUUGUUGAGGUGCAGAGAGUAAACGUGCUGCUGGGAACGUUAUCCAUCUCCAUCUUGGUGAUUCCGAACCACAUAAUGAAAACUCACGUUACGUUUUUUCAGAUGAUUCUCUGUAAAUCCUAAAGAUGGCUGUGUGGGAAAAUUACUGUAGAAUAUGCAGCAGUUUCUGCAGUAGUUUCUGAAAUACUCAGGUCAGGUCUUCAAGCAGAGGCGGAGCCAGAC